AUGUCGACGGCUCCACUGGCCAGCGAGCACGCCAGCGCCAUCCCCACCACCUCUACUGCGACCGCCGCCUCUUCGCCUCAUCCCUCUUCCGCCGCUGCCACCCCGUCCUCGAUCGCAGGCGCAUCAGCUGCCAAUGCUAGCAGCAAGGCGAACGUCGCAGCAUCUGCCUCGCUUCCAUCAUCGUCAAGCACGGAAAAGGUCACAAACGCUGCCUCUGCACCGAGUCGUCGUGAUCCUGUCCACCCGACGCAGAACAAUUCGAAUGAUGCCGUGUCCCAGAAAGUAGUGGCGAACGCUGCAACACCGCGAGCUGCAGCCGAGAAGGAUGCCCCGCUGCCAGCAAAUCGAGAAGGCUCACUCUUAGCUCCUCAGCCGCAGUCUCACUCAUCCGUUCCCGGCUCGACGAGUCCUCCGAAGGACGUCCCAUCCUCAGCCUCCAGCUCAUCGGCAUCGGCGGGGCAGUCAUCUGCGUCGAUCAAGCCAGCGCAAGCCGAUCCGCUUCCUUUGCCGUCCGACGCAGUGGCAGCACCAAAAAGCCAAGCUGCUCUGCCGGUAGCUGCAGAUGCCAGGGCAACGGCCUCUACCGCUCCAUCGGACACGCCUCCAAGGGCUGUGGCGAGCGCACUGCAUACACCGGCCCCAUCCAACGCCAGGCCGCCCGCGACUGGAGCGGACGCCGGUUCCUCAACUCCUGUUGCAUCUCCCAAAGAUGCAACGAUCAAGGCCGAAGUCAAGAUCACCUCCUCGCCUACGAAUGGUGUCAGCAAUGAAACGACGCCGGAGAGAGAAGUCGCCAGCACUCGCAUCGGCCUGGUGCUCAAGAUCAACAAGGAGCUCAUCAGGCUCUGCGUUGACCUGGGUCAGCGCAGCCUCGCUUCAGAGCCAGUGUACCGCGAAGCAGGCCUUAGACUGUCGUCAAACUUGUCUAUGGCCGACAGGGCAGCCAAACCGGCAAUUGAUGGCAAAGCUGCUCCCCCACCUCCGCGUGCCGAGCCCUUUCCACACUCCUCUCAUGUCCCCGAGUCCAUGCUGCCCUCUCUCUACGCUCAGCUCAUCGCAACGUUCGACAUUGCGGCGGGUAGAAGGGCAGCAGAGGCAGCGGUUGCGGGUGCCAAAUUCAGCGCAGCAUCCGCCGAGCAUGACUCGUUGCCUCCAUCCGGCGCAAGCACGACCACAAAGCGCUCCCGCGAACCGUCUCAGGAACAAGACAGUCGCAAAGCCCACAAGCCUUCGCCAUCGGAUGCCUCUGCCGGCCCGCCUGCGGCGCCUUCACCAGUGAGCAGUAAACUUGCAGCCACCUCGAUCGCGAGCCAGAAUGGUGUCUUUCAAUCUGCUGCCCAUGACACCACGCCUGCAGGUACUGCAGCGCUCUCAUCAAAUACACCGACAUGGUCACCGGGCACGCGCACCAGUCCUCCCCAGCCGACACAGCAAGCCCCUCCGUCAAAUCAAACACAACUUCCUGGGCAAAGCUACGCCGGGGAACACGCUGCUCCUCGCCCCGGACAGCCCGCGCCCUCCACUUCUGCUCCCACUCCACAGCAAAUUCAAGCUCUCACGCAGACGUUUGGACCCUCUGCACUCAGCUUGCUGAACAUGUUGCAAGCUCACAGCAAGGAUCAGCCCCAACCCCUGGUGCAGUACAUGGAGUCCACCCAGCCACACUUUCGAGCGUUGCCCGUUGCUGCUCAGCUUCAAGCGCUCGUGCGUACUCAAGCCCAGCUCCAGCAGCAGCACGGUCGUGCGCAGACUCAACUGAUGGGACAGGGACCUGGGGACCAGUCUGCAGCGUCCGGCGUCGCUAUGAAUGGGCCAGCGAGAGCUUCACCCAAUCGAAUGUCUGCAAGCAGCCCGGAUUUGGCCCCUCAGCACCAGUCAUUUGGAGGAUCGAUCUCUUUUGGGCCAGGGCAGUCGCAACAGUCUCCUGCCCUUUCCACUGGUGGACAAGCUGGCUUACACAAUGGGAGUAUGCCCGCACAAGAAGUACCGCCCAUCAACUUUGCGGCGCUCCAACAAAAUCCAUCGUUGCAGCAGCAAUUCCUAGCUCAGAUGCAGAACGGUAUGCUUAACAACGUGCCCCCACACCAGCAGCAAAUCUUCAUGCAGCAGCUACAACAGCACCUACCUGGGGCCGCUCAGCAGAUGAGUCAGCAGCAGCAGCAGCAGCAGCAGCAGCAGCAUCAGCCACAAUUCCAGAUGCAUCAAGCACGCCAGCAGGGAUUGCCAAGUCAAGGAUUUCAAACGCCCCAGAAUCAGCAGUUCAGCUUUCAGCAGCCGCAAACGCCACAACAUCAGCACUCUCAGCAGCUCAAUUCGUUCGGCAUCUGACAAUCAAGGCGAUGUCAGACGGUCCAGUAGACACACCGUAAUGUGGGCCGGCCCAAUCGGUUCGACCCUGACCACUGUAAAUCUUGGCCAUCGUGCUCGGAUCUCGAGGCGAAGGAACACGACCUUUGAGUCGGCCAGCCGCUUUGGUUCUUGUGUUAGCAUAUUCUGGGAGUGCUUACCAUGGAGUGAUCUCCGCAGAAGCGACUGCGUAAUGCAGCCCUUAGAUGGUCAUACUUUGCUGCUGCACGAACGUACCGCAAAAUUCACCGACUCGGCGCAUGGCGCAGCAUUUGAUCCACCCUUAUCAGACGUUAUCGAUAGUGCAGCGCAAUCUGCAAUUGUAAUUGUAAUAGAAGAAAUGGUGAUGUGCGAUUGAGUCAACGAAGCCGUGUUCAAGACUUGGGUCAGCACACGUCCAGCUUUCGCUU